AUGUCUCCGCCCCAAACUUCAAUCCCCCCCGCCGCCAACAUUCUAGGGAUCAUCCCACAGUAUGAUCCUCGCUUUCUACGUCUCAUCGCCACGCUGACUCCAUGUGGGAUAUAUCAUAAUUGGAAGAGAAAGAACACGGAUGGCCUCCCAGGACUGAUGCUCAUGCUUUGGGCAGUCUGCGCCGUCCCAUUCGGAGUAUACGCAAUUGUGCAGAAUUUCAGUCUUGCCCUUCAAUUGCAACCGCAGUUCUUCGGUGGCCUGACCCUGAUUGCAUGGGGCCAGACGCUGUACUAUCACAAUCAUUGGACAGCAUGGACUUCUACUUUGACCACUAUCCUUGUUACAGUUGCGUUUGCCGCCUCAGAAGCUAUUCUCAUCCUGACCCUAAGAGGCCCAUAUACGGAAGGUGUAGAGUGGCCUAUGAUGAUGAUGGCCAUAACCGCUUCCGUCAUCCUCGCCCUAGGUCUCAUUCCUCCAUAUUUCGAACUGGCGAAGCGAAACGGCCGCGUCAUUGGAAUAAAUUUUAUCUUCCUUACAGUAGAUUGGGCAGGCGCCUUUUUCUCCUUAAUGGCUUUAGUGGCCCAGCACACUUUCGAUGUGUUGGGAGGAACACUUUAUAUCGUGUGCCUCUUCCUUGAAACCGGCAUAUUCAUCUCACAAGCCGUAUGGCUUUGGCGAGUCCGACACAUUCGUCGCGAGGCUAAAAAGCGUGGCCAGACGUAUGAUGAGUUCCUGGCCGACAAUCCAUCAAAAUCGCUAUCUAGAAUUGGCUCCCCGGAGAGUAUACAGGAUGUUGAGAAGGGUGUCUCGGAUUGCGAGGAGGGUGCGGCUACCCUGUCGAUGCCCGGGAAGUGCAUGGUGAAGCCGCUUUCACCCGCACGUGUAGUGGGUCAAGAACCGAGGGCUCUGGGAGAGGAUACCUGCUCUAUGGCGAACAAGAAAGCCGAACUCCAUGAUACCCAAACGCGUCUCACAAUAGCACUGGAACUCGCGUCGAGUGAUUAA